AUGCCGUCACUGGUUGUCUUGGGACGACGAUGGAAUAUUGCAAGUGAUGAUUUCGUAUUUCCAUCUUUGUCCGAAAUAUUAGUUCGCUUAGCUUGGAUAUCAACAACAUGCGUCAUAUUUAUGUUGAAGAAGUGGGAAAAUUGCACCGAUCAACGCUCAUAUAUUAAUUUUUUUUCAUUAAUUGGUAUUAAUGGUAUUACUAUUUUAACAUGUCUUGUCAUGGCGUUGAUUAGUGCUCGUGGAUCUAUCCUGGAACCGCAUAAGCGAUAUCAUAUCACGAAAAUCAUCUACAUACGUCUGCCGUUGUUUAUCUGUGAAAUCGCUAUUACUGGUGCAUCAACGAUUUUCGCUUACAGAAGUCCAGCUCCAUGCAGUCUUGUUAUUAUACUCCGUUUAGCAGUUAUGCUUCAGUGGGCUCUGAUAGUAACAGUUUUGGUUGGUGUUGCUGCUGUAUUUAAUCCAUCUGGUGACAGCCGUAUACAACCAAGUUUUCGGACCGAAAAUCAAGUGUGGAUAUUACGUUUCAAGUUGUUUUUGCUGAGAAGAAACGAAGCAAUGCGUACCGCGUUAAAGGAUAUUGCCAUUCUUACAACAUCGUUUUUUGCCGAUGUCGAUCUGGUAGCAUCCGAUAUUCUAGCUGGUCUUUUAUUGGUUGUUCAUGCUCCUCAUCGACCACCCAGUUCCACUACUUAUCUAUCAGAAAGUGAACCACCAAAUUGGAUGACAUUGGAGAAUGCGCGUUAUAUGGCAAAAUAUAUAGCAGCCAUGUAUGGUUGGGAAAUUUAUAUGUUUUACAAUUGCGGUUGUUGUGAUUGGCUAAAAGUAUGCAGAAAGAUUAAAUGUUGCUGGAAAUAUCGCAACAGGCAAAAUUUUCCGCUUAGAGGUGAUAAUUGCUGUGCAUGUGCUACAGCUACCUUCUUGACAGUAACAGAAUGUAAAGAAACUGAUAUCAUCUUCGCUUCAUUUGCAAAUGAACUCUAUCAGGUACCAUUUAUCGUACUUGUGGAUGUAAAAACAAAAAGUAUUAUAAUAACAAUACGUGGUACAGCUUCAAUGAUGGAUGCGAUCAAUGAUCUAUCGCUUGAUGAUGAAGCAUUUUCGGUGGAUAUAGAUCGGGAUUCGAUUCUUUCACAAGAUGAAAAGUUGGAUACUCCUGAUAAGGAAGUACGUGUACAUCGUGGGAUGUUGCGUAGUGCAAGAUACGUGCUUGAAGCAUUACGUGCGAAUCGUAUUUUGGAAGAUUUAAAAUUGAGAUAUCCGGAUUUUACAGUCGUUUGUUGUGGACAUUCAUUAGGUGCAGGAGUUGCAACAUUGCUUACGUUGCUCCUUAAGCAAUCAAUCAGUCCCAUACAGUGUUUUGCAUAUUCUCCGCCAGGAUGUGUUAUCAGUGAAAAUGGUUUAAGAGAGACACAGAAAUUUGUAUUUAGUGUUUACAUUGGUGAUGAUAUUGUCCCACGGUUGUCAUUCCAAACGUUAUGUAAAUUGAAAUAUGAUGUCAUCAUGUCGUUGGCAUACAGUAAUUCACCGAAAUAUAAAGUUUUACUACGUGGCUUUUACCGAUUGUGCUUUUCUCAUCCGUGGAAAUCAGAUCGGAAUGAUCAUGAAGAUGAGGCAACUGUAAAUAUUAACGAUCGACUUCCACUGGUUUUCCAUACUUCGUCAUUUAUAAUUAAUGAUGAUGCUGAUGGUGUGGAGGAAAACAAUCCUGCAGAAAGAUGGGCAAAAAAGCGGACAAAGCUUCUUCCACCAGGAUGUCUUCUUCAUGUUUGGGUGAUUGAUAAAGAAAAGAAAAUAAUUUGUAAAAGAUGGACCCAUCAUAGUUCGCUGAAUGAGAUCAAGCUGUCAAGUGCUAUCAUCCGUGAUCAUAUGCCAUAUAAUGUGUUAAAAGUGCUUAACAUGAAGCUUAAUUUAGAUACGUAA